AUGGCGGCAGGCCUGAACCCCUGGAAUGGCACCAACAAUGACACCUGGGAUGGGGAUGAACUGGGCUAUAGGUGCCGCUUCAACGAGGACUUCAAAUACGUGCUGCUGCCCGUAUCCUAUGGUGUGGUGUGUGUGCUCGGGCUGUGUCUGAACACUGUGGCACUCUAUGCCUUCCUGUGCCGCCUCAAGACUUGGAACGCCUCCACCACGUACAUGUUCCACCUGGCUGUGUCAGAUGCAUUGUACGCGGCCUCUCUACCACUACUGGUCUACUAUUACGCCCGCGGUGACCACUGGCCCUUCAGCACAGUGCUCUGCAAGCUGGUGCGCUUCCUCUUUUACACCAACCUUUACUGCAGCAUCCUCUUCCUUACCUGCAUCAGCGUGCACCGAUGCCUGGGCGUCUUACGCCCCCUGCGCUCACUGCGCUGGGGCCGGGCUCGCUAUGCCCGCAGGGUGGCAGCUGCUGUGUGGGUGCUGGUCCUGGCCUGCCAGGCACCUGUGCUCUUCUUUGUCACCACCAGUACUCGUGGCACCCGCAUUACCUGCCAUGACACCUCAGCACCCGAGCUCUUUGGUCAUUUUGUGGCCUACAGUUCCGUCAUGUUGGGCCUGCUCUUCGCCGUGCCCUUUGCCAUCAUCCUGGUCUGUUAUGCGCUCAUGGCACAGAGGCUGCUAAAGCCAGCCUACGGGGCCACCGGAGGCCUGCCGCGGGCUAAGCGCAAGUCAGUGCGCACCAUUGCUGUGGUGCUGGCUGUCUUUGCCCUCUGCUUCCUGCCUUUCCAUGUCACCCGCACCCUCUACUACUCCUUCCGCUCACUUGACCUCAGCUGCCACGUCCUCGACGCCAUCAACACGGCUUACAAGAUCACCCGGCCUCUGGCCAGUGCCAACAGUUGCCUUGACCCCGUGCUCUACUUCCUGGCUGGGCAGAGGCUUGUGCGUUUUGCCCGUGAUGCCAAGCCACCUGUAGACCCCACCCCUACCACCCGGGCUCACCGCAGGCUGGGCAUACGCAGGUCUGGCAGAAGUGACACCAAGAGGACAGAGGACCGGUCAUCCAGCAGUGAGGGCUCUAGACAGACAGAGUCUACGCCAGCUGGUGGCGAGAACACUAAGGAUGUCCGGCUGUAG